CCUGUUGCCUGGCAUUGUGCAAGGGGCCUAAGCUUCAUUGGCUACAAUAGUGCGCGUAUUCAGAGUGUGUGAUGCAACGACUUGGCUGUCACUGGCAAAUAGUAAAUGUAACAAAAUGAUAAGAACCAUUUGCACUGCCAGUAUUUUGCAGAGUACUGGCAGUGAAUUUUGGAACACGGCCUAAAAAGAACAGACCACUAGUCUCUGCAUUAUCGGCAUGACAGAUUUCCUAACCUCGUGUCAUUUUUCGGAUUUUUAUAAUUUUUGAUCCGUAAGAGCGACACUUGUUUCUUUCAAAAUCGCGUUCUACGCACUAAAAUACACAAUUGUGCAAAGUUUCAGCGAAAUCGAAAAAACUCCAAGAGAUAAUUACGAUAUAUAGUGCUUUAUAAAGAGCUUUUCUUCUGAAUCUUUAUCAAAUCACAGUUCAGAAUAUUGUGCUCAGUUAUGUGUAUCUUAUUUAUUUAUCGUAAUCCGGAUGCAGAUGCUAGAUCUUAUCGAUUAAUAAUUGCGUCAAAUCGAGAUGAAAUGUAUAAACGUCCUGCAUUGUUAGCUCACUACUGGGACAAACAUCCCGAAUGUUUGGGAGGUAUUGACAUGGAACCUGGUAAAGAAGGUGGAACUUGGUUAGCCCUAUCAACAAAAGGAAAAGCUGCAAUUAUUUUAAAUUUUGUUAACAAAGAAGGUGUACCUAAUAUGUCAAGAAAGAGCCGUGGUUCUUUGAUAAAAAAUUUUAUUACUUCCAAUGAUUCUAUAGAAUUAUACUUGAACAAAUUACACAAAGAAAAUAUUAAUAUACAACCAUACAAUCCUUAUUGUUUGGUCCUAUUAGAUUUAAACAAUGCCAAUGUACAUUAUUUAAACAGUUGUGUAGAAUGUACUGGACCUAUGAUGUGUAACAGUGAUAUUAUAGGUAUUGGAAAUAGUGGAAUAGAUUAUCCUUAUAAGAAAGUUGAAACAGGAAAAGAAGAAUUUAAAGUUAUUGUAAAGAAUGCAGAUAUCUCAAACCAAAAUAAUCUGAUUGAAAAACUCGUUAAUUUCUUAAAAUCAAAAGAAAGGCAUCUACCAGAUCCUGAGUUACAAAGCAGAUGUCCAACAAGAUAUGAAGAUCAUAGUUCAAUUUUUGUUUCUGUUGGAAAAGAAUAUGGUACAAGGACACAUUCUAUAUUACUAGUUGAUGGCUCGAACUGCAUAACAUUCUUGGAAGAAACACUUAUGCCUGAUUUUACAUGGAAACGGCAGCAGUUUAAAAAUAAUUUGAUGUGACAGUACAUAUUAAUAUUGCAUUUAAUAUUAUAAUUUUCCGACAGUUUAUGCUAUAGUGUGAUUUCUUAUAAUAUAGUAUGUGCUAUCAUGUGAUCUUUUAAUUAUGUAUGUGAAUAAAAAAAGACAUGAAAAAGAA